UGACUGAGGAAACUCUCGCGAAAUUGGCGGAAAUGGAGGAAGGUGGAACCCCGUUUUUGGACCAACUGCGCAACGACAGUCUCGCAAUCUACUGGACGGAUCGUGGCUACAAAGAUGAUGCACAUUCGGAGAAGACCUUCAACUCCAGAGACGGCCGAGAAAGUGUGGCGACGGUGGUGACGAACAGCAGCAGCAACUCAAGCAGUGACACCCUCAAGUGUCACGGGUCCCUCGGAGAUUUGUCGAAUUACGGACAUCUGAACAACAACAAUAAUGGCGGCAAUAAUAAUCAGCUAAUUAUGAAUUCGCCUGGUUCCCCUACACAUGUGAAAUACGACGUUGCGCACAGCGCGAAGGUGCCGCCGGUGGAACGGCAUAAUUCGGAAUGCGUGCUUUACUACGGCAUCAGCCCCGUCAAGAAACAAGUGGAAAAGUCCCCGAACAUCGACACGACGAAGCCUCCGUCAGUCGCCGAACGGAUCCACGAACUCGAACGUCAGUCGCGCUCUGUGCCAGACCUGCUGAAGAGCUCUGGCCUGAGCGAACUGCGGCCGCGGCCACCUGCCCCGGCCACACCGGCCUCCAAUGCGUCCACGCCUAUCCGCACUCCGUCCAAGUCCGGACAAAUCCUGGACGCCGAAAAGAACCGCAAUGAAUUGAAGGCCCUUCAAAAGCAGGCCGUGAUGGAGUUCUUUGAGCGACAAACCGGGAAAAUUCGGUCUCCCGGUUACGGAACUGUCUCCAGAUCCGCUGUCGUCAACGGAACUUUGCCCCGAACUCGGCCGAAUAACGCUGUUAAAACUUUACAGGUAAACUAA